GUAGGAUCUAAAGGAACGAUAAUCACCGAAAGCAAAAAGGAAGUAAAAGGAUGAAAAUGUGAUCGUGCAUAUCCCUGUUUAGAAAACUAUUCACACGCAACAGUGGUAUCUGGUACCAGAAAGGAAUGCGCCGUGUGCGUAGGGACGCUUCUCAUAGGUACUGGACGAGUCUACUUUUUUCAUUGGCCCUCGCGGAACCCCUAUAAGUACGAGAGGGCUUGAGCGUUCUCGCACAGAAAUACAGAAGAAUCAUCGAACGCACUCCUACGGGUUCAUCCUCUUCAAAAUCCGCCAACAUGUUCAAACACUUAAUUUUGAUUGCGCUAAUUGGCUUGGCCUGGUCCGCCCCAGCACCUGCACCCAAACCAGCACCAGCACCAGCACCGAAACCUCUCUCGCUGAUAACGGACAUCAAAACACCAGCGUCCACCGCUAAAUUGACACCUCUUGUCGCACCGAUCGCUACGCCUCUAAUUUCAUCGAUUUCUCGCGUAGCACUUUUACCCCAAUUGACACCGUACGCCUACGCUUAUCCAGCAGCACUCGCGCCUGUAGAAAUAGCCGCAGCACCUUCCACUUAUUCGAUCGAACAGCACGGAUACCACAUUACCUACUGAUUCUUUUAUCACCACCUUGAAUAUUGAC